AUGCGUUUUGCUUGGCUACUUGCCUUGCUUGGGCUAACAAGCGCCGCCCUAGCGGCCGCCAUUGCUGAGCCAGAACCAGGGGACCUCCAGGUGGAGGUUGGGGUGGGGGUGGAGGCCGAGGUGGAGGCAGAGGAGGCGGAGGCUGGGGCGGGGGAGGAGGUAGAGGAGGAGGACGAGGAGGCGGAGGCUGGGGUGGUGGAGGUGGCGGCAGAGGAGGAGGCCGUGGAGGAGGCCGUGGAGGAGGCCAUGGAGGAGGCCAUGGAGGAGGAUGGGAGUAGUGACAUAAUUGGAAAAGUGGGUUACUGA